AUUAAAGAAAAGACCGGCGCCGAUGUCACCACCAGAGGAAGCUACUACCCCGACAAGGCCAUGGCCACCGCUGCCAACCCCCCGCUCUAUCUUCACGUUACCAGUACAUCUAGAGACGGUCUCGAAAAGGCCGUUGCUGAGAUCGAUGAGCUUAUGAAGCAGGACUUACCUAACCUCGUAGAUGAGAGACGUUUCCGUCGCAGAGAGCCAGAACAGGUCGAGAGGGAUUCUAUGGGUCGUCGCAAAUGGCCCGAAGAGAAGAUUCCCGUGGACCUCGAGCCUAUCCCUGGCUUCAACCUCCGCGCCCAGGUCGUAGGUCAGGGUGGCUCAUAUGUCAAACACAUCCAGCAGGAGACUCGAUGCCGUGUUCAAAUCAAAGGCCGUGGCUCUGGUUUCAUGGAGCACGACACUGGACAUGAGAGCGACGAAUCCAUGUACCUGCACGUAGCCGGCCCUGAUCCAAACGAGGUCAUCCGUGCCAAAGAUCUCUGUCUUGAUCUCUUGGCCAAUGUUCGUACCCAAUACGAACAGUUCAAAGAACGCGGCCCUCGUGGUGGUAGAGGCGGUGGUGGCGAUGACUAUGGUGAUCGUGGACACCGUGGCGGCUACGGCGGAGACCGUGAACGCAAUAGCAGCUACGGCGGCGGCGGCGGCGGCUAUGGUGGCGGAAGAGACGGCGGUAGAGACGCAGGUUAUGGAGGAGGCUACGGCGGUGGUUACGGCGGUGCUGCUUCACCGGCAGCCGCUCACAGCGGAGCUGCCGCUGCUGCCAUGAGUCCAGGCGCUGCAGCUACACCUGACUAUGCCCAAGCCUACGCGCAGUACUACCAACAGAACGGACAGGACCCGUACGCCGCAUACGGAGGAUACGAAGCCUACACAAGAAUGUACUGGCAGUAUUACCAGCAGCAGCAGGGCGGUGUCCCGGGCGCAGACCAAACACCUGCCUACGACAACGGCGCGGCUCCUCCGCCUCCCUCGUCUGAAGCCCCUCCCCCACCUCCAGCAGACGACCAAGCUCCGCCUCCACCUCCAGGAGCAAGCGGCGGAUACAACUCUGUUCCACCACCUCCUGGUAUGUGAUGUGUUCUGAAGAUCGACUCUCUGAGGCUUGAAUUUUUCGCGACCCGCCGUCAUUGAAUAGACCAGCAGAGGAUGUCGAGUCACCUGGCAUCGGGCAGACCGUGCCAUCACAAACCGAGCGAGCUGGACGGCUCGACGAUCGUGGAAGAUACCAGCAGUUACCUACUUCAAUUAAUCACGAAUAGAAAAGUGUUUACCAACUCUCAAGUAUUUCUCCG